UACCACACUAACAUCAUUUUGUAAGCCGUAUUUAUCAAUUUGCAUUGUUUAGCUUUCCUCAUCCCUUGUAAAACCCCCUCAAAUAUUUUCCUCUAGGGUUUUUGGACACACUAAAAUAACCCAACUCAGUAGCACCAAAGCCAGUAGCUAUGGCGGAAUCAAUUUGCAGGGCACUAAGAGACGGAGCUCUAGAAGGCGAGCUGGCGCCUGCGCUCACCAUCAAGGACUCCGUCGCUUCUCCCUUUGCCUUACAAGUGUUUUCUCACGUGCUUUCUCAGCUCUUCUCCUCCAUUUUGGCAGGAAAAUCGCAGUCACGAGGCCUUGUCGUCGUUUCAUUUUCCCGGAGUCCAUCGUUUUAUUUGGAUUUGCUGAAAAACAAAGGAACUGACAUCGCUUCAUCGGAUAAACAGAUUCAAAUUUUAGAUUGUUACAGUGAUCCACUUGGUUGGAAGGAUCAAUUAGCAGGGAGUAGAAACUUCACGGCUCUUUCCAAUGAAGUUUUGGUUUCGAGUACUGCUAUUGUUUUUAGGGAAGUGAAACAUAUGGAUAAGUUGUACAAUUCAAUUAUUGAACUUGGCAAAGGACUGGUAGGAGGUGGAAAAAUCCGGUUUUCUAUUGCCAUAGACUCGGUCGAUGAAAUGUUGAGACAUGCACCUGUGUCAUCAGUUGCGCUUUUAAGCAAUCUUCGUAGCCAUGAUCAGAUUUCCCGUAUCUUUUGGUUAUUACAUUCAGACCUUCAUGAGGCUAGGGUUACAGCUGUUCUGGAAUAUUUGUCAUCUAUGGUGGCAAGUUUAGAACCAUCACAUCAACUUGCAAAUGGACAGAGAGGUCACUUGGAAAAUUUCUCUUUGAUCAAGCAUAACUCCAAGAAAGGAAAGUUUCAUGUUAGAUUUAAGAAGAGAAAUGGACGCAGCAGACUGACACGAUAGUUUUUAAACCUAUAUGUAGUCAGAGGAAGUUCACAUUGACAGUCAGCCAUCAACUUUACAUCUUUGCCAUCUGAAGGAGCAAUUAAUCAGGGUCUUGUGCCAAAGGUCCAGUUCAGUCUUCAGUUGUCAGAGAAAGAGAGAAUUGAUAAGGCUAAUGUUGUACUUCCUUUUGAACACCAAGGUAAUGGUAAACCCAUACAAAUUUAUGAUGGCCGAAGAUCUCUGGUGGAUGGCAAACAUGAGAGACCAUUUGCUGCAGUGGAAAAUGUGCAGACAAACGAGAACUGCGGCAGUGGUGAGAUUAUUUAUUACCGUGAUUCAGAUGAUGAGAUGCCUGAUUCUGAUGAGGACCCAGAUGAUGAUUUGGAUAUCUGAUUAUGCUUGUCCAAUUUGCUGAUUUGGUUUAUGCACUGAUUGCAAAUUGGUUACAUUCCUUAGAAGUACAUAGAGGCUCAGAAAUUUGUUCCCAAUAUGAUUACUCUUUUAGUCUUAGUAAAAGAGCAGGGAGCCCAAAAGUCAAAUUUUCAUGAGACCACCACGUUAGCACAUGCCAUUGCCAAGAGAAACGGUGCUCCAACCUCACGCUAGGAAAGAAGAUUUCAUUCUUUUCAAACCAUGUGAUAGAAGUAGAGAACCGAGGAAGAUAUCAUCUUAACAUUAAGUUUGAUUAAAAUUUUCAAAAGUUUUGGGGUGCUUAAUGAGAAUUUUUAAAAUUUUGAGUGGCCAAUGCCUCCUUCAGCUUGGUAACAUUUGAUAAUAAUACCAAGAUUCAAAUCCAAAAUUCCCUGUAUAAAGUCUCUAGUGCAACCUAUUUGCAAAUAGCAAAUUAUGGGAUGCAAUACGGACAAAAGAAUGAGAAGCUGAGAUGCUUAUGUGCUUGACCUGCGACAACCAAAAUGACAAUGCCUAUAUAAUGCCUCGUCACAUUGCAACAACACCUGCGAUUGUAAGAAAAGGGGAAGCAACAUUGUUUAUCUAUUGGAUUUGCGAAAAUUGAAAAUGAUUGUUUCAUUAGUAGAAA